AUGGAGAGGAAUUUCAAAAAAGACGAAAACUUUCAUUUAGCCAAGCCAUGCCGAGCCGAGUCGAUUGCUAAUUUCUAUUGGUACUGUAACAGAUAG